UCAGCUCUUUCCAAUCACAGCUGUUUGCGAACUGUCACGCUGACAGUUCGAGAGGAGAGCCGGUAAUCGGAAUUCCUCGGAGGGGACAUGUACACUGAUCAUCAGGGCACUGAUGAUAAGUGUGCUCUGAUGAUCAGUGUAGCCCCAGCACUGCCACCUGUCAGUGCCCAUCAAUGCCAGCUGUCAGUGCUCAUCAAUGCCACCUGCCAGUGCCCAUCAGUGCCUCAUCAAUGCCAAUGCCACAUAUCAGUGCCUGCUAGUGCACAUCAAUGUCACAUAUCAGUGCCCAUCUGAGCUUCAUUUCAGUGCCACCUAUCAGUGCCACCUACCUCAAUGCCAGUCAGUGCCACCUGUCAGUUCUGCCAAACAGGGACACCUAUCAGUGCCAGUCAGUGCCACCUAUCAG